UUCGAGAUGUUAUGAGCAUAGUCACUGUAUAUUGUAAAAUGUUAUUACACAUUGAUCCGUCCAUCUAUACUGCUUAGUCUCACUUCCAUAAUAUUUUUUUUUGUUUUCAAUACAAUAAACCACAUCAAAAACAAGGCCCAGGGGCCAGAUCCGCCCCACCAUAUCACUUUAUGUGGCCUGCAAAUCACCUGCAUCAACUUCCAUGGUUCUUGCUCAAAUCUGUUCCAAAAAUUGUAAUUGUCAUAUAUAUGUAAUGUAAAAUUAUAAAUAUUUCAAUUAUUAUUUGCUAUCGAUCCCGUUUUUCUUUUUUUACCGUAACUGAACAACCUACCCUUAACUUCUGAUUUCAAAAUUUGUUACCAUCAACAAAAAAUGACUGACACUAAACAUUUCAUUGUGUAUUUACAUUCAGGAAAAAAAGGGGGUGAGAGUUGGCUGCCCUUUGUGCCCCCCCUCGAGAAGCGCCCCUGGCCCUUAAAGGGACAGUCGGGAUCGUGCAAGUUUACCUUCGACGCUGAUGACAAACAGUCCGGUGACGUGUGGCGGAGGGCGAAGGAGGAGGAGGAGAUCCUGAAGGGAGAAGCUCCGUGGCGGCGGCGGCGGCGGUGCUGCCCGGACGCGCACCCCGACUUCGGGGACACUUUUCCGCUCCCCUCUCUCCUCUCCUCCUCCUCCACCAUCAUGAAGAAGCAAAACUUCCGCACCCUGGUGCUCAUCAUCAGCAUCCUCACCUACCUGGUGGUGGGCGCCGCCGUGUUCGAGACGUUGGAGUCCCGCGAGGAGCGCGGCCACAAGCGGCGGCUGGAGGGACGGCGUCAAGAGAUGAUGCGCAAGUUCAACCUGAACCGGGCCAACUUCGACGAGCUGGAGCAGGUGGUCGGCCAGCUGCGCGCGCACAAGGCGGGCGUGCAGUGGCGCUUCGCCGGCUCCUUCUACUUCGCCAUCACUGUGAUCACCACCAUAGGCUACGGCCACGCGGCACCUAGCACCGACUCAGGGAAAGUCUUCUGCAUGUUCUACGCGCUGCUGGGCAUCCCGCUCACCCUAGUCAUGUUCCAGAGUCUGGGCGAGCGCAUCAACACGCUGGUGCGCCACCUGCUGCACCGAGUCAAGAAGUGCCUGGCCCUGCGCCACACCGAGGUCUCCAUGGCCAACAUGGUGGCAGUGGGCUUCCUCUCCUGUGUGGGAAUCCUGUGCGUGGGGGCGGUCGCCUUCUCCCGCAGCGAGGGCUGGAGCUUCCUACACGCCUUCUACUACUGCUUCAUCACGCUCACCACCAUCGGCUUCGGCGACUACGUGGCGCUGCAGCGGCACGACGCGCUGCAGAAUGAGCCGCGCUACGUGGCCUUCUGCUUCGUCUACAUCCUGACGGGCCUGACGGUCAUCGGCGCCUUCCUCAACUUGGUGGUGCUGCGCUUCCUCACCAUGAACGCCGAGGACGAGCGGCGGGACGCCCUGAGGCACGGGGACCCGCGGGGCGGCGGCAAGCCCGGUUCGGAGGUGGCGUGCCUGGUGCCGCCCGCCGCUUCUGCGCCGUCCACGCCCAAGGCCAAAGACCUCUACACGGAGGUGCUGCACUUCCAGACCAUCUGCUCAUGCCUGUGGUACCGUAGCGAGGAAAAGCCACGGGAUCUCUCCUCCGCCGUUUCCCUGGAGCUAGGCUUCUCCGAUGCCUACUUGCCAAGGGACAGGACGCGCUAUGCCGAAACGGAGUCCACCGGCUGCGUGUGCACGCCACGCCGGCGUUCGGGGAAGCGCCUGGACAUUCUUUCGCCGUUCAGAAUGUUUAGGAGACGCAGCUCUGUGUAGAGGCAAAACUACGCCAAAAGCGGACGACUCGUACGCAGUUGGAGGGGGAUUUCCCCUUGUGGUGCUAACAAAAACAAACAUGCAGUCGACAUAGGUAUUCUUCAGGUGUACAAACCUAAGCAGCAAAAUUUGGGGUCUUUGGUUCGAUGAAAAAAAUGAACAGAAUGACUCAAAAUUGGCGACAGUUACAGUGUUCUAGUUAAGUGUCAUCAAGUUCUCAGUCGGUGCAAGUGUUGGUUUGAUGAUGAAAAAAAAAAAAACUCAAAAUAGGGGACAUAGAUGUGGUGUUGUAUCAUGAAGUGAUCAUUAUUUCUGAAGGGAAAAAAAGGUGGGGUGAGUAGUAGAUGGUAAGGGGACUAUUUUUAGGGACUAUCUUUAGCGUCGGUCUACACUGGCAGAUGGGAGGGGCUUUGUCAUGUUAGCACAAAGGAUAAUUAUCAAGCUGUCACUCACAGGCUGACAUAGACUCCAAUAGAGCGUGAUUAGAAAAGUCCACUAUAGGCAUAGGGACACUUUGUACAUCAUGUUUUGCUAUUUUAAUACCAAAAAUAUUAAUAAUCUGUUAUAGUAAUCCCUAAUGACAAAGAGAGGCACACUGUCUAUAGUCAGUUUCUAUGUAGCCAAUGCUUCUUAUGCAGAACGUAUAGAACCCACUGUGUGCUCCAGAUGGUUUCCCCAAUGGAAUUCUGACCCCGGUCCAGUUCCGGAAAACCUACAGCACAGUCGUUAUAUGUGGCGGCGUGACAUGGUGUCCCGCUAGAAAAUCAGCACGUGGGACACCUGAGGUGGGGAUCGUUUGACAAGUCGGAGUGCUCGGUCAUCUUCCAUGGCUUAUAUUGCAAAAAAGGUAUAGGCUCGAGCACGCAUCGGAGACCUGUUGUAUAAUCCACGUCGUUGUUCCUCCCAGCACCUCAGAAAUAGGCGCCAACGUGAAGAAAGUCACAGUAGUGCAGUGUCAUAUCAUGAAGUGACAGCAAGUGGAAAAGCGCUCAGUCAGUAUGUGUGUGGGUCAGGGCGGGACAGAGGUGGGAGCUUGGGGUGGGAGUAUGCUACCAAACAACUAGCCAACGACUCGAAACAAGCCACAAAAAAAAGGAACGUUGGAGUAGUGCCAAGGCCUUUUAUGAAGUGAUCUCGCAUGUUCACGUGUUUAGGCCAGCGGGUGGACAGCGGAGUGAGGGGUAAACGUGCUGAAGCAUGGUACGACAUAACCGACCGACGUUGAGUGCCAGAGGCUGUUUUCACCGUGUUUUUUUUACAGGGUUAUUUUCACGUGUACAUACCUCAGCAUUUGCACCGUAGGCGACUGCGCUCACCCAAUUGACGGGAAACCGUUAAGAACGCAGUCGGGACAUACGAACUCCCCGCAUUUCCGCCGCGUCCGAGCAGCUUGCGAGGCCUGGCGGUGCGCCCGCAAAGCCCACCUGCGGCCAUUAGACCGGCGAGUGAAGGAGCAUCCGUUGGACAAAUCCUCGUAUUGGACCCCCGCCGGCCGAGCAUCUGCUGUUUGUGAUUUGGCAGCCGACUUGACUAUCUAUGUCAGAGACCAAAAAUAGUCCCCCUGAGAAGGUCAGCCUCCGAGUUACGUCAAUUGGACAUUGAACCCACCAUCGGGUCCCCUAAAAAAAGGAGCUAUUUUAAAAUGUACCUGGCAGCACUUCUUCCCGGCACACCUUUGCUGAGCCGAUACACUUUUUGUUGAGUGAUGGCUGGUGCUAGUUCUUCUUGUGUAGCCUCCACAUUACACUCUUCUUCUUCCAGAGCCAUGACGGAUACAAUAAAGACAUCCACCAAAAUGGAUGUUAAAUGCAGCCCUCUCCAAAAAUGUCUGAGAGUCACUUGGUGUCAUGUUGAGUCUUUUAUUGUUGACAAUAUUGCAAUUACUCAACUGUACGCUCACAUUUAGGGGUAAAUAAAAGUUAUAUUUUUUAGAGCUGUAGCGAUUUAUGAUGCAUUAAUGGGAUUCAAUAAUCACUUGUUUUGAUGAAUAAAUCCUUCUUCCAAUUAGUGA